ACAAACGCGCUCAUUUCAAAUUUAACAUCAAUGUAGUUACAAAAAUUUUGUGUGUCUCGAUCGGUCGUACAAAAAUAUUUAGUUUAAAGCGAAAACAAAUAUUUUUUUUUUGUUUUAGUUUAUAUGCCUGUGCCUUCUUUUGCAGCUGUUUUUGCAAUAUUUUGACAAAAAAAAAAUCAUAAAGACUGUGGCGCAUAGCAGCGUUUUGGAUUAUUUCGACAAUUUCGUCGACUAUAUAAAACGGUUAAGUGUCUGUGAUUCUGUUUAGUGACUCUGAAGUGAUCGAUAAAUUAUACACGGGAAAAGUAUAAUUUGAUAAAAGAAAAAAAUUCCGUCAAUUGUCGUGCUUUUGGUGAAAAUACUAAUAAAAAAAUAUUAUCACAAUUGAUGAGGAAAAAUGAAAAAUUGAUAGUGUGUGAAUGCAAUAAACGGUUAGACUUGCAAUAUUUUACAAUUGUUGGAUUUACUGGAGCAACACAAAAGUUCAUCUUACCAGACACAUCAACAUUAAACGAUACAGACAACCAUGGGUGCCGACGCAAAUUCUCAGCAUUUAGUCAAUAGACAUCGGUCAGCAAUAUCCUCAAAAGCUGACGAAAAACUACUCAAUGAGGACGCAUUUGACAAUGAAAUUACAACCUUGAAUUCUUCAGCCACUGAUCACGUCAUGAGUGCGAAUUUAUCGCAUGAAAAAGAACUAGAGAAGCUUAAAGAAAUUGGAGCUAAGACACCCAUAUUACCAUCGGAAAUCGGCACCGAUUUUAAUUUCAAACGAGAAAUUGUAUGGCCUAACGCUAUCGGUUUUCUUUUAUUACAUUUAUGUGCAUUGGUUGGAAUUGUGAUAACUUUAUUGCGAAUGGUUGAUAUACGAACCACUUUAUACGGGUUCGUUUUAAUUUAUGGCUCAGGUUUAGGAAUAACAAUGGGCGCACAUAGACUUUGGUCACACAGAUCAUUCAAAGCCAAAUUACCACUAAAAAUAUUUCUUUUGUGGCUGCAUACACUAGCCGGACAGAAUUGCUUGUACGUAUGGGUAAGAGACCAUCGACAACAUCAUAAAUAUUCAGACACCGAUGCUGAUCCACACAACGCGAACCGUGGAUUCUUCUUUUCGCACGUUGGAUGGUUGAUGUCACGAAAACAUCCGAAAGUUAUCGAGUAUGGAAAGAAGAUCGAUAUGUCGGAUCUGGAAGCGGAUCCAUGGAUUAUGUUCCAAAAACGUCACUACAAAGUACUUUACACAAUAUUUUCCCUGUGGCUACCAACAAUGGUCCCGUGCUAUUUCUGGGGAGAGGAUCCAGUUAUUGCGCUUUUCGCUGCAUUCUUCGCACGUACAGUGAUCCAGUUGAAUGCAACAUGGUUGGUUAACAGUGCUGCUCAUUUAUAUGGAACACGGCCGUUUGACAAAUCAAUCUUUCCGGUGGAAUCAAUGUUCGUGGCCUUCUUUGCCGUUGGCGAAGGAUGGCACAACUAUCAUCACGCAUUUCCAUGGGACUACCGUGCAUCUGAACUUGGAUCGCCACUCAAUAUUACCGGUUUCCUGAUCGAUCUUUUAGCACAAAUCGGCCAAGUGUACGAUCGUAAAGAAGCAACCCAUAACAUGGUGAAAAAUCGUGUACUCCGGACCGGCGACAAAUCGCAUAAGGUCUAUGGCACGGACGAAGGCCGUCGCGCAAUAACAACCUUAUUUAACAUCUGGAAGCAUCCGUCGAAUCCAACGUACAAUUCAUUGUUUGCGCCGAAACCGAAAAUAAUAAACGGCAACGGCUACGCACUGAUACCGGAUGAGUUGGCUAAAAGUGAGAUGGACGAGGAUUUGUUGUCGAGAGAGAACGAACAAUUGGAGAAGGAGCAGUUGAAUUGCGAGGAAAAUAAUAAUUUAAUUGUCAAAUUGACGAAAUUCAUGGGUGACGGUGUGGGUGGUGCGGAUAAAAGUAUUGAAUGUAAUAAUAAUGUGACGGGCACAAGUCGAAAUUGCAUAUCACGGGAUAAGAGCGAACUGAAUGUUGAUGAGGUUCUUUUGGUUAAACUUUAGAUAGGUCUGUGCUGAAUGUUUUGUUUUAGAAUUUAUUUUUACUAAUCCCAUGUGGCACAUAUAGACAUUCAUAUCCACUCCAAAUUGAGGUAAUUUUUCGAAAAUAAAAAAUUUAAAAAAAUAAUUCGAUUGGGCAUGCACCUAUAUAAUUUAAUGAGAAAUUGUUCUUCAUUUGUUAAGAACAACAACGGAACAUGAAGAAAAUACAUAACCAAAUGCAAUAAUUAACGUACCAAUUAAUAAAAAAAGAAAUUUAAAAAUAAUCAAAAAUUUCUUAGAUUUAUACCAAUAAUCUUCGUCUAUAAUUUUGUAGAAUUGAUUUUUUUACAAUAAAAAAUUAGUAUUAGUCGGAUCAUUCCUGAUGGUCUAUUCUAUUGUGAAAGCUGUUUUUUUUGUCGUAAUUUGUAAGUUAUUUAAGUGAUUUUUUUCAUUAAUUUCUUUUGAGGUUAAAUUAAUUUAGAGUACAGAAAUGUUUUCUUUCUCUUUCGUAAGCAUUCAAUAGGCCGUGGGCAGUGGGCACUUUCAACCACUUAUUUUUUAUAGUUUAAUCGAAGCAAAACAUUA